CCUUCAGGCUAAAAGGGUAUAAAACCAAAAUGGUUACCUGAUCAACUCUUUGGGCAGCGGCUGAACAGCUUGUUUUCUGAAGGAGCUCCUGGCUUUCAGCAAAGAUGGCAACUUUAAAUGAAAAGAAGACAUGCAGCCAAAGAAUGGAGAACUUCCAGCGUUUCUUAUGGAAUCCGGAAACAGGGCAAUUAAUGGGAAGAACCUUGAUUAACUGGGGUAUGUGGCCAAACACACAGAAGAGAAUGUCGUUCAGGCAUUUUCGUGCUGUCGGGAUUUGGUCAUUUGCAUUAUUUCUGUAUGAUUAAAUGUCUUAAGUUGACAAGAUGCUUCCUAUAUAACCGUGUUACUUGGUACGAGCCUGGAAAAUCCACAAACUUUUUUUUUAAAAAAACAAUUUGCAAAUUUGUUGACUUUAGCAUAAAACACUCUUUUCCCUUUUAUUUAAAAUAGCUUACAGGGAAGCAGUUGGCUCUGCAACAGACUAACGAAACCCAGAACUCCUACUAGACGAGCACAGAAAUGCCAGUUUGUGGCAGAAACAAUAGAAGGAACAUGACUUUGAUUUUAUUCUUUUGGAUAUGGAUCCAAAGAACCACAUAACUAGUUCUGUGAAUCCAAGGGAGUUUUUCCACAGCAGCCCCAAGUGCUGGGUGCAAACCUCUUUAAGAAACUGAGGGGAGUUUCAAAAGCGGUUUGUAAUAUGGCACAGGGGUCUGCUCUUCAACGGAAAGCUGCUAAAAGAUUGUGUUCAAAGUGCAUGCAAUGGGUUAGAUGCACCUAAAUCAGCUCACUGGAUCUAGUCUGUCUUCAGAAGGGUGCCGUUACUUAUAUAUAUAAUAAUAAAAGUCUCUGAAGUACAGCUAAUGGAAAAUUUAAUUUCAAACAUCUUUAUCCCUUUCUUCAAUCAUAAGCCACAGCAACUUAAAAAUGCCAUUGAUAAGAUGUUCAAUUUAUUGGUUAUUAUUUUGUGACUAAUUUCAAUAUAUGCUACUUGUAUUUCAUUAGAUUUCAUAGGUGGGCUUAUCCACACUUUCCUUUCUCCUCCACUCUUCCCAGGUAUGACUUCUGCUCAGUGUCCAAUUGCCUUUUUUCUUCUUCUCCAGAGCUUUGCCCAUGAAAACGCCCUCUUUAAGCUCAAUUGGACCAAAAUGCAAUUCAUGGUAAACUUGAAUGGAUGUUUGCUCCAAUUGAGCGCUAAAAAGCAGAUUUUCAUGGGAAAAGCUCCAGGGCAAAAAAAAACCCCUUUGGACACAGAGCUUUUAAGUGCAGAACUGGACCUGGAAAGAGCACCGCUAAAGUGUGGAUAAGCCUGGUGCACACACACGUGCGUGCACACAAAAUUUAUGCUCCAGCUCAACAUGCGUUUUUACUUUGUGAUGUGAAACAGCAGAUUGCAUUUUUGUCCGUUAGACUUCAACGGUGACAUACUCAUUGUCCCUUUAUUCUUUUGGGAGUAUAAAUUUUAAACAGUACAUUUCUCUGUAAGUUUGCACUGAAGACCUCCACAACAUCCUUACUUGGUAGUUGAAGCAAUUAACUUCAGUUGUGCGGUAUACGUUGUAAUUCUUAUUAUGAGAAACUCAGAAAGUUCUCAACUCAUAAUUUCAGUGCUGGGAUAUUUAUUUCAGUGCAUCCAACCCUAUGAAAGCCAAAUGGUAUUGAAUUUCCAGCUUCUACUGAUGAUCUUCAAAGCAGCAACUGUUGUCAGCUUCUUGUUGAGUGUAGCAUUCUCCUGAAUCGCAGUUCUACAAAAAUCUGUGCUCCUUUUCUAGCACUAGAAUACUUAACCAGGAGAUUAAGAAGCUCCUGUGCUGAAACGCCUUAAAACUAUUAUAAAUAUUUCAUCUAACUGUUGACAUGUACUUGGUUGCUGCUAUGAUUAGUUACUGAACCAGAACAGAUUGCCUCCUAAGAGUGAUGAAUACCAUGCUUUUAAAAAGUUUUAACUUAAUAUUUCUUUUCUUAAUAGUUUGGAUCAGUCUUUAUUAUGUCGCAUUCUAUGUGGUAAUGACUGGGCUGUUUGCACUUGCUAUAUAUUCUUUAAUGAAGACACUCAAUCCGUAUACACCGGACUACCAAGAUCGAUUAAAAUCACCAGGUACUUAACACAUUCCUGCCCAUUCUGUUAAGUUGUGCUACAUACACACACACACACUUACUGCAUAAAUCAACUUAAGACACAUAAAAUGAUGGUUUGAGUUCUGAUGAAUGAAGUAUAGCCUGGUGCUUAAGAGUUUUAGGAGCAGGGAUGGGGAAUCUGUGGUACUCUAGUUGUUGCUGAACCUUAACUCCCAUUAGCCCUAGCUAGGAUGGUUAAUGGCUAACACCACUUGGAAGGCCACAGCUUCAUUUGUUUUAGAGGUAAAACUGAUGGAAUGAUAUAGUUGUACCUUGGAUGUUUUGGCUCCCAAAUGCCACAAACCUGGAAGUGAUUGUUCCGGUUUGCAAAUGUUCUUUUUGAACCCGAAUGCCCGGCAGGGCUUCUGAUUGGCUGCAGGAGCUUCCUGCAGCCAAUCAGAAGCUGCAAUUCGGUUUUUGAACAUUUUGGAAGACGAACAAACUUCUGGAACGGAUUCCGUUCGACUUCCAAGGUACGACUGUACUGUAUUUACUCAAAUUUAAUGCACCAUCAAAUCUAAUGUGCACCCUAAUUUUCGUGACGUAAUUUUGCCAAAAGAGGUGCUCGUUACAUUUGAGUAAAUAUGGUAGCUUAUAGAAGCUUACUUUUCUUGACAAUAUACCAUGGCACAGAAGCCACAGAAUUGAAGCUUAUAUAUGAGUUUUCCUUGCUUUAAUCCCAAGUUAUGUUUUGUUUAAGCAGCCAGUAAGGCCCUAACAACCAGUUAAAUGAAUCAUGUGGUUUGCCCUUGAAUGCAUAACUUUAACCAUUCCCUUUUCCCAAUUGAGGUUUAAAGUGGGGGGGGGGGAGACCCUCUGAAAUGACAAAAAACUCUUUGCUAAGAUUCGGUUCUCAAACCAAGAAAUGUCACAAAUAGGCUCACUACAGGACUAAUGUAACGGAGGUCAAACAAUUCUGAUUUCUAGCAACCUGAUUGUUGGAAAUGGAGACUUUCAAUUUAUACUUAUUACUUCAAUUAUUAAAACUAAACUGAGAUAAACUGUCUGUAAUGGGAUCCUUCUCUCUUCCUCACCUAUAUAUUAAACUGCACUCUCAAUGAAGGCGUGACAUUACGACCAGAUGUGUAUGGAGAAAAAGGACUGGAAAUUUAUUACAAUAUUUCUGACCCAGACUCCUGGGAACGUUAUGUCAAAACUCUUCACAGCUUUCUUUCAGGUAAAGUAUGUGGGAAAAUAUCACAAUAAAGGUGGCCUGAAGUACAGUAGAAGGACAUCACUUUGAAAUAGAGUUGCAUGGGGUCACCUUGAGUUUCGGUUUGAAUGCAGAAAGGUAACUCUUGUAUGUAUUUCUGGAUGAACUAGGAAACAUUUUCCAAGUUUCCCUAAACAAUAUCAAGAGGCAGCAGGAUUGUACAACCAUUAGAGGCAACGUUAUUUUAAGAAGAAAGAACAAUUAUUCUCUUACAAAAACAAUUGGCAAGAGGUUAGCCUGGAAGGUGCUCCAAAAGAAAGCAAUAGAAAUUGAUUUCCCCCUUACUUUUUCUAUCAAUAAUAUACAGCUUACAACGAAACUGCACAGCAUGCCAACAGGAACUGUACUAUGGAAGGAUACUAUUUUCAAAAGUCUUUUGAUGCUCCACACCACACAAAACAUUCCUGCAAAUUUACACAAGAUAUGCUUCAAAAUUGUUCUGGUCUGGCAGAUUCUACUUUUGGUUUUCCAGAAGGAAGCCCUUGCUUAAUAAUAAAAAUGAACAGAGUAAGUACUUAAACAGUUCUUCAAAAUAAUUAUUUAUUAUAUCAAACAUUAUUGAGUUCAAACCUGGAAACAAAGAGAGGCAACUUAUAACAACCUGAAGCCUUAUUUGAUCUGUAGUGUUCUGAAGGACUAAAAGGCAUGAACUGAAAAGGUCUUCUUAUUUUAACAGCAGAAUCUCAUCCAACAAGGGAUAUAAAGAAACACAAAUGUAGCUUUGUUGACCCAUAAGGGAAAGGAAAUCUUAAAAUUGACAGUUGGGAAAUACCAACCGAAAUGUCAUGAAAUACUGGGAAGUUUUCGUGUUCUUCAAAACUCUGAUUCACAAAAGUUGUUUAGCUGGUCCUAAUAAAAAGUAUUGCCCACCCAACAAGAAGACUCCCAAUAUCCUAGGAAAGGAAAACAACAUUGGGAAUAAGGUGCCAAGUAUAAGAAAGCAGGAUAGUUAUAUCUGGAUAGCAGCACAAGGACUUAAACCAAUGGCUGACACAUGCAUCCCAGCGCAAGUGGGAUCUUCUUUUCCAUUCCUGCUCCUGAACUUUCCAGGUCCAUGACAAAUAAAUUUUAAAAAUUUCAAAGCUACUAUUGUUUCGGUGGUUAACAUGAAAAAUUAUUACCUCACAGAUUAUAAAUUUUCUCCCUGGCAAUGGCACUGCACCAAGAGUGAACUGCACAACACUGGUAAGUAUAUAUUGCCCAAUGUUCUUGUAUUGAAAUUAUUUCCAUUUAGCUAAUACACAGUAAAAAUGUAUGUACGUCUAUCCAGAAGUCUUACCAGAGCUCAACGGCUCAAGCUUGCAAAGGGCCACAGCUUUAGGGCUCCAACUUCAUGUUAUACAGAGAAGCAUGUUACCAAAAUGCCCGUUGUUUCUUCUUUUUCUGCUACCCAAAGCCAUUUCAGGAUGGAGGCAAUUUGGAGCAGAGUGCUUCACUGUUACCCUGCUUCCCUAUCAUCACCUAAGCCACGAGGUCAAAAACCUCAUGAGGUUUCAAAAACAUAUUUACUUUACAAAUACAUAGCUAGGGCUUCCGUUAUGUCCCUCAAUGAAACAUUUGGAAGCCAUUCAGUACUUGCCAAUGUCUGAGAAGCAGCCGAAGAACUGAAGCUAAACAUUUUGAUAUUAUGCCUGGAUAGCUCAAUUGGUUAGAGCGUGGUGUUGAUAAUACCAAAGUUGCAGGUUCAAGGCCCAUAUGGGACAGCUGCAUAUUCCUACACUGCAGGUGGUUGGGGCUAGAGAUAACCCUCAGGGUCCCUUCCAAUUCUAUAAUUCUAUGUUGUAAUCUAAUAACGGUGGAGGGAGUUCCUACUUUCACCUCAGACUGAAUCUUAUUUUCAAGUAGUGCUCUUAAGCUCACAACAUGCAAACUGCACUAGUGAAGUAUGGCUACGUAACAUACCUAAAGCACAAAACAACUUUUAAUCAUAUAUAUAGAGAGAGCGCUAGUGCUAACACUUGCCUUGCCUAUGAUCAACAGGAUGAUGCCAGUCCGCUGGAGGUAGAUUAUUAUCCUACAAAUGGUACUUUUGCCCUUCACUACUUCCCAUAUUAUGGAUUGAAAGCACAGGUAUGUUUUUUGACCAUGUUCACUUUGACUUUCACAGAUACUUUAAAUGGAAGGAUCUAACGUUGUACACUUUCAUUUUAGCCUACCUACAGCAAUCCAUUGGUGGCAGUGAAGCUUCUCAACAUGCCCAUAAACAAAGAAGUAGUCAUUGUAUGUAGAGUUAAUGGUACUGGAAUUACUUCAGAUAAUCCUCAUGACCCGUACGAAGGAAAAGUGGAAUUCAAAGUCAGGAUACAAAAUUGAGCAACGAGAGUGCCGAGCUCAUUGAGGAUAACUCCUUGUUGUUUGGAACCUUCAACCAGGGCAGCAGAAAUGGAUUAAGUCACACUGUUGGUUGUCAAAUGUAUUAUUGUUUUACAACAGCAGAAAAAUGAACAAUCCAGAAUUCCAGAAAUGGAUUACUCAACUCAAUUCCUCACUCGUAAUACAUGACCCAGAUGCUAACAAGUCGUAUGGCAAGUCUAUACCAACGCUUAUGCGUAACUGUUUAUUAUACACCUGUAAUUUGAAAAACGAACAAAACCUAUGAAUGCUAAUCCACACCUCUCCCCCUUUUCUCACUCAAAAGCUUUUUUUAAAAAAAGUUCGUUUUUGUUUUGUAUUUGUUGAAUUGAUAUAAGCAAAUAAUUUAAUAAUUGCUUGAACAGUCAUUAACACGCUGUAUAAUAUUUUAGUAUCAUGCAACUUGUAUUUGUAAUGUAUGGUUUCCAUUUGAAUGUCUGCAGUUUGAUACAAAACUUCUAUUGUGUACUGACAGAGGGCAACUACGUAAAAACGUUUGGAAGGUGCAAAGCCAUGAGAAAACAAGUCACUAUUGUAAUAUUCAACUGUACAAAACUUACUUUCAAUGUCUGUUGCAUACAAGUGCUUUAUCGCAGAUGCUAAUGUGAUUUCCACUCACUCCCUGAAAAGGCCAAGCUGGAUACUAAAUUUACUAAACACAAUGUAAGAAAUGUUACCUAAUGAAAACAUGUUGGUGUCAUUUCAAUAGAUACGUUUAAAACUACCUAAUGUAAAUGUGUGUGAUGCAAAAACAUUAAAUAGUAAUAAAACUAUUAUUUGUGGCACUG